AAUCAAAUGAAAUCCGAAUUACAGGAACAAAAACAACAGAAACGUUUACUUCGGGAACUACAUUUAAAACGUGUUCAAUCAUUGAGGAAAGAAUUGGAUUACAUUAAAGCAACAGAGUGGAGAUAUCAGCCAAUUGAUCGGUACAUGGAUAGAAACAAUAGAAAUUAAAUAUGUUAUCCUUAAUAUAUAACCUUGUAAAAUAUACUGUAGGAUAUAAGUCUCCUACUAAAAGUGACACGGAUGAAAUAAACAAUAUUGUAGCUCGUAUUGAAAAAGCCUAUGAGAAAGAAGUAGGAAAAAAUGGAUAUAUUGAUGAAAAUGAUUGUCACUGCAAGAUAGGAAAAGUUACUUUCAUCUCAACAGAUUACAUUCUAAUUGAUAACUUUUAUGUAUAUGAUACAGUGAAUCUCUCAGUGAAUAAUUUAAAAGUAGGCGAUAAGGUUCAAUAUCUAGCCUUGCAGGAAGGCCAUGAGAAAGAACAUAAGGUAAAGAAAAUUGUUUGUGUGAUAGAUGACGAUUCAUGGUGCAACGAAGUUGCAGAUUCUCAGGCAAAUUUUGAUGAAACACAAGCAUUAACAAAAUGUAUAAUCGGAAAAGUAAUUGAACGCAAGAAUCGAGUAUUACUUGUGGAACCUAAUAAUAUUUCUGUUGAUUUGAAUAAAGUACAGUCAGAUUUUGUCCCUGUGAUUGGAGAUUGGUUACAUAUAGAGGCAGAAGUAGAAAUUGAUGUAAAUUCUUAUAAUCAAAACAAAGAAAUCUUAAACAUAAAGAAGAUACAACCACUACGAUCUAAGUUAGGCAUUGGAAUUGUAUCUAGUUAUGAUACAGGUAAAGAAAUUGGUACUAUUGGAAAAGAUAUUGUAUUCAAUAGAAGAAUAUGUGAUUCUGGUUAUAUUCCUCACAUUGGUGAUAAAGUACUUAGCGAUAGCAUUGAAAGUGAUCAAGGAUUUUAUACAUGGAGAUCAUUAACUGUUGUUCCAGUAUAUCAGGUCCCAAACAAAGAGCCUUUACCAAUGUUAUGCAGUACACCUAUUACAAAAAAGAACUUAGAUGAACUUGUGAAAAAUAAGUGUGGUAUAAAUAUUAGUGAUGAUAUAAAUGUUGACUUAGACAUGUUAGAAGAAAAAAACAUAAUACUUAGAAUACAAAAUGUAGGUAAUACUACUCAUACGCUGUACAAAGGUUCCUUCAUGACAAAGAAGGCACAGUCUCAGUUAACUCUAAUACAACCAACAAAUGCUGGUAUAGUUUCAGUAUUAAAUCCGUCUGAGACUUUAACUUACAUAUUUAAAUGUAAAGCAAAAUUUAUUGGAACAAGCGAAGAAUUAUUUGUCUUAAGUUUCAAAGGUUUUGAAAUUGGAAGAAUAUUUCAUAUAUCUGUAAAACCUAAAAGUAUACAAAAGAAAACGUGUCCCAAACAGAAUAUUACCAAAACUAAUAAAUUUAGUCCUGUGCUAGAUGUAGAUGAAUGGAGUGAAGCAGUAUACAUUCCAGGUGUUAGACCAUGUAAACCACCAUCAUUUAUUAGAGUGCGUAAUUUGUCAUUCAAAGUUCCACAGCGUUAUUGGGAUGUAAUAUCACAAUGUUUAAAUGAAGGGAAAUCACAAACUGAGUGUGUAUAUGAUAUAGGAAAUGCAGUACCUUGCUUGUUAAAUAUGCUCAGUUUUCAAUCAUACAAAGAUCGUUUCCAUGCUUUAUUAUAUUUAGAAGAAAUUGCUCAAACAAUAAAUAUACAACAAUACAAUAUAGAAAGCACAAUUAUGAGGCAUUGUGCGGAAUAUUUGGUGAUGGAAGUGCCCGGUCUUGCUGAAAAACGCCCAUCUCUUCUUGUUGGCGACAGAGCUAUAGUAUCUUUUAAGUGGGACAGUUCUCAAGGAAAAUUGAAAUAUGAAGGAUUUAUUCAUAAAGUUACAAAUUCAGAAAUUUUUUUGAAAUUCAAUCAUAAAUUUCAUGAAGAAUAUAAUUAUGAAGAUUGUCAAGUAACAUUCAAAUGCUCGCAAUCUGCCAUACAACGUAGUCACAAUGCUAUUAAUAUGGCUGUAAAUCGAUUAGGUUCCGACUUUUUGUUUCCUACACAUGUGGUUGAAAAAGAGUCUCGUUUAAAUCUUGAAGAGAUCGAAGUAAUAAACGAAACAUCUCCUAAGCAAAUGAUUCAUCAGCUGACUAAUUCCAUAUCAUCAGAAUCCUCUUGCGAUAGUACAUCUACCAGUACUAAAUCUAGUAGUACAACAAAAUCAUUUACAAAAGUAUCUGUUGUAGAACGAUUGUUCAAUGUUAAACCAAUUGAACAAACUCCAGAAUUUGUAACACGUAAUGUUACACCAAUAAAAGACAAUCAACUUAUUGAAACAAAUAUACCAAGAAACGAAACAAGCAUUCAGCAAAAUUCUAUGGAUACAGUAUUAUUAAAAAGUCCAAAACAAACAGCAUCUGAUCUACAACCGUAUAUAUCGCAAAUAAAAAAACGAAAAUUAAAUUGGUUUAAUAAAAAUUUGAAUUACUAUCAAAAGGAAGCCAUAAGAAACAUAUUGAAAGCGCAUGCACGACCAUUACCUUAUGUGAUAUUUGGCCCACCUGGUACUGGGAAAACUGUCACCCUUUGUGAGGGAAUUCUCCAAAUUUUGUCAACUGUACCUGAGAGUCGGCUGUUAAUUGCAACACCAUCUAAUAGUUCAGCAAAUCUUAUAGCAGAAAGACUUCUAGACAGUGGUGUUCUUAAACCUGGUGACAUGGUACGUCUUAUAGCUCAUCAUUGCUUAACUAAUGAUUCUAUUCCUGAUAAAUUAUUGCCGUAUUGUGCCACUGCAGAAUUAGCAGAAGAAGGAACACAUGAAAAAACAAAAUAUAACGGAAUGGGACCAAGAUUAAACUGUACUAUGAACGUACUUGGUCGUCACAGAAUUACUAUUGGUACUUGUAUUGCUUUGGGUAUACUGCACAAUAUGGGAUUUCCCCAUGGACAUUUUUCACAUGUAUUAGUUGAUGAGGCUGGUCAAGCAACAGAACCAGAGAUUAUGAUUCCACUCAAUUUUAUUCAUUCUGAUUAUGGACAAGUAAUUCUUGCGGGCGAUGCAUUGCAACUUGGUCCAGUUGUACAAAGUAGAAUAGCAAAACAUUUUGGUUUGGACGAAUCAUUUUUGUCGAGGCUACUGCAACACUUUCCAUACCAAAAGGACCCUAAUGGCUUCGAAACACAGUAUGAUCCACGUCUUGUCACAAAGCUUAUUAUGAAUUAUCGAAGUUUACCAGAAAUACUUAAACUACCAAGUUCUCUGUUCUACGACUCUGAAUUAAUAGCACAGAUAUCUUCUAAAAAAAGUAAAGAAGCAAAACUUUUACAAACAUUAGCUGCCGAAUUACCCGAAAGGAAAGGUUCUCCUCCAGCUGUAGUCUUUCAUGGCGUUAAUGGAGAGAAUUGUAAAGACAGUGACUGUCCAAGUUGGUAUAAUCCUGAAGAAGCAGCACAGGUGUACCUCUACCUUUUAAAGCUAUAUAAGUGUGGUCUUUCACCCGAUGAUAUUGGAAUCAUAACUCCUUAUCAAAAACAGGUCUAUGAAAUUCGAGAGAUACUUAUGGAGUUAGACAUGAAAUUACCGAAAAUCAGUAGUGUUGAAGGAUUUCAAGGCCAAGAGCGUAAUGUUAUCAUUAUUUCAGCUGUACGGUCCUCAAAUAAUUUUGUGAAUGAAGAUAUCAAACACUCUCUCGGAUUUGUUGCUUGUCCUCGAAGACUCAAUGUUGCAAUCACUCGUGCUCGUGUUUUAGUCAUAAUUUUAGGAAACCCUAAACUUUUAGCUCAAGAUCCUUAUUGGAGGAAUGUUUUACUUUAUUGUAUUAAGCAAAAUUCGUAUACUGGAUGCAACUUUAUUUUUUCUGAUACAGAAGAACCACAAGUGAAAAUAAAUAAUUCUUUUAUAAAUGACAAGAGUAACAACUUCUAAUGAAUCAUGGCAACAUUUGGAAACUACAUUUUUUUAUAUUUGUGGUGAUAUCUAUCACUGUAUUACAAAAUUACAACUUUUUCUUUGUACAGUAUUUUAAGUUUGUAAAUGUUUUAAUGAAGAAGUAAAUGGUAUCAUUAUUACUGUAUAAAUAUGCAUUUUGAAUAAAAUAUGUAAUAAAAUCUUUAUAGAAUGUUUAGAUUAAGUGAUAUAUUCGUGAUUUCUAAACUUUACUUGUUUACAAUCUUUGUUCAUAAUCUGUAUUAAGUUACAUUAUACAAUGACCAAUCGAUUUAUAUUUUAUAUUAAAUGGUUUUUAUAGCAUCUUUGUGUGUUUGAUGUUAGAAGUACAGUAAAAUAAAAGCGAGUUUUAGCACAAGUA